AGUAUAGGGACAUGAAAUAUAGGUAUAUGGUAUAGCUGGCAAGAGCUGUCUGUUCUCUCUUUCUCUACUCUAGGCCCAGCUCCCUAAAUUUUCUUUCUUGUUUUGCUUGCUUGGUUUCUACAUUUCUUCAUUUUUUUCUUGUGCUCCUAACUAAAGAGACUUGCAUCAAUCUCUUACAGUUUCUAUAUGUAAGUUCAAGAAUUGACCAUUAGGGUUUUGUAAUUGGAAGAAAGAAAGAAAGAAAGAAAAUGAGCGCUUCAAGAUUCAUAAAGUGUGUCACUGUUGGUGAUGGUGCUGUUGGCAAGACUUGCAUGCUUAUUUCCUACACUAGCAACACUUUCCCUACGGAUUACGUGCCAACCGUGUUUGACAAUUUCAGUGCGAAUGUGGUUGUCGAUGGGAGCACUGUCAAUUUAGGGUUGUGGGAUACUGCUGGCCAAGAAGAUUACAAUAGACUGAGGCCUUUGAGCUAUAGGGGGGCAGAUGUUUUCCUGCUUGCCUUCUCCCUCAUUAGCAAGGCCAGCUAUGAAAAUGUUGCAAAGAAAUGGAUUCCUGAAUUGAGGCAUUAUGCACCUGGUGUUCCAAUUAUUCUUGUCGGGACAAAGCUCGAUCUCCGAGAUGAUAAGCAAUUCUUUAUAGAUCACCCAGGUGCGGUGCCCAUUACCACAGCUCAGGGAGAGGAACUGAGAAAGCUAAUAGGGGCUCCUGUAUACAUUGAGUGCAGUUCAAAAACACAGCAGAAUGUCAAAGCGGUCUUUGAUGCAGCCAUUAAGGCCGUCCUCCAGCCUCUGAAGCAGAAGAAGAAAAAGAAGAGACAGGCACAAAAGGCCUGCUCCAUAUUGUGACUCUGCAACAAAAUUCUAGAGGAAAACAUCACCAAAAUUAGGCGCGCUGGUCUCAUUUGCUAUCUCUAUUAUCUCGAGGAACAGAAAGGAUGUGGUCCGUAGUCAAUACUGACAAAAAUAGGGGGCACUUAUAAGAGAAUCAAAUUAUGUAUUUGUUGCUUUGUGAUUUGUAUAUUAACGGUUCACGCUGCUUUUUUAACUCACAUUUAUUUCUUUAGGGCUAUCUACAUAUUGUAGACUAGACUAAGCAGAAUUUCCUUGUGAAAUACAAAGCCUUUUUCUCUUGUAUCAUGAUCCGUGACCCGUUUUAGUGCACUUAGAGAAUCUUAAUAUAGUUAUCGUUUUGUGUUAUUA